AUGGCCGUUGACCAGCCCGCCUACAAGGUACAGAUCGCCUACUGCAGCACAGGGCGGCCCCUGGAGAGCUGCGACCUGAUCUACGCUCACGCAGGCCACAGCGGCUGGCUCGACAAGCAGGACGUCCAGCUGACCCGCAGCGAGGCAGACCCCACUCGCUGGGAGGGCGUGUACUUCCUGCCAGCCAGCCAGCUGGCCAACCCCAGCCACGCGGAGGUGCAGCUGGUUUUCAAGGGCGUGCGCCACGGCUGGGGGGAGGCAUGGGACAACAACUCGGGCAAAAAUUGGAACCUGGUGGUCGAGCUCGCCCACAAGGAGGGGCUCGUUCUGCCGGCCCUGAAGGGCGGCGCGCUGCGCACGCUGGUCAGCAGCCUGCUGGUGCGCCUCGACGCGCUGCUGUCCGCCAGCCUGCUGACGGCGGAGCAAUUUGCGGUGCUGCGCAACAAGGCCUGGGCGCAGGACUUUGGGCUCAUACGCGCGUACGACUCGGUGCGGUCGGUCGCCGACGACCACGCGGUGGCGUCGCUGCUGCUCAGCCGCUUCAACUUCCUGCGCCGCCCGGGGCUCCACGUGGUGCACAUCGCGUCGGAGAUGGUACCUGUGGCCAAGGUUGGAGGCCUGGGGGACGUUGUCACAGGGCUGGCCAAGGCGCACCAGCAGAGCGGCAUCCUGUGCGAGGUGGUGCUGCCAAAGUAUGACAUCUGCAACUAUGCGGCGCUGACUGACCUGCGCGUGCUGCGCGUGAUCAACGUCGAGUACGGCGGAGCCAGCGUGCCCACGCGCGUCUGGAGCGGCGUCUCGGAGGGGCUGCCUGUCUACCUGCUGGAGCCCGAGAACGGCUUCUUCUGGCGCAAACAGUUCUAUGGCGCCAACGAUGACCUGGAGCGCUUCAUGUUCUUCUCCCGCGCCGCCCUGGAGUGGCUGGCGGUCAGCGGCAAGCAGCCCGACAUCAUACACCUGCACGACUGGCAGAGCGCCGCCGUGGCCCCGCUGCUGGCGGAGGAGUACCGCGCCCGGGGCUUGUCGCGGCCGCGCUGCGUGUUCACCAUCCACAACAUCGCUUUCCAGGGCUGGCUCUCCCCCGACUUCCUGGCCAAUGUUGGCCUGGACCCCCAGCGCAUGGCCCAGCCGUGGCACAUGCUGGACGACAGCCGCCCCGGCUUCACGCCCGGCCAGCACGACUGCAGCCUGCUGCGCGGCGCCGUCGUCUUCAGCGACCGCACCACAACAGUCAGCCCCACCUACGCGAGGGAGGCCAUCCUGUCCCAGCACCGCCACAAGUUCAGCGGCGUCCUCAACGGCAUCGACCACGAGUCAUGGUGCCCCGAGCACGACGCCUUCCUGCCCGCCCGCUUCUCCGCGGCCGCCCCCGCGGCCAAGGAGGUGUGCAAGCGGCUGCUCCUGGAAGAGCUGGCGCUGCCCUACGCGGCCCCCUCCUGGGUGCUGGCCGAGGCCGCCGCCGUGCAGGCCGCCGCGCUCAACGGCAGCGCUGCGGCCGCGGCGGCGGCCGGGGCGGCAGAGGCGCCCGCGCAGCCAGGGCGGCCGCUGCUGGCGGUGGUGUCGCGGCUGACAGUGCAGAAGGGGCUGCCGCUGAUCCUGCACGGCAUCAAGACGGCCAUUGCGCGCGGCGCACAGGUGGUGGUGCUCGGCACCGCGUCGGAGCCCGAGGUGCAGCGCCAGUGGGAGGACAUGGCGCGCGAGUACGGGCGCGGCGGCGACGCGCGGCUGGUGCUGCGCUACGACGAGGGCCUCGCCCACAGGAUCUACGCGGGGGCCGACAUGAUCCUGAUCCCCUCAUUCUUCGAGCCGUGCGGCCUCACCCAGCUCAUCUCCCUGCGCUACGGCACCGUCCCGAUCGUCAACCACACCGGGGGCCUGGCGGAUACGAUCCGUGACGUGGCGGACCAGGGGGUCCCCGACCGCGACAGGAACGGCUUCGUGUUCAGCGGCCGCGGAGAGGCAGCCGUGGAGGCGGCGGUGCACCGCGCGAUGGACGCGUUCCUCAAGGGCAACGAGUGGUGGCGCAGCGACCUGGUGCCGCGCGCGAUGCAGCAGGACUGGAGCUGGUCGCGCUCCGCCCAGUCGUACCUGGACCUCUACAGGGGGUGCCUCUGA